AAAUCUUGGGACUCUAAUAGUGAAGAGCGUUGGAGGAGUGCAGUUGUUGUCACAGCAACUUCGUGGCAAACCACGGCCUGGAGCCUACUCCAAGAAGGUGGGUCAACAGUGAUUGAUUGGUCCAUGCUGCUAGCAUUGGUUUGUUUGACUGGUUUUCAUCACAUGAGACAUUAGAAAGGGUUGAGAAACAACUGAUUCACCCACUCGAGAGGGCCGUGCGGCACUCAAGCGCCUUUACAUUACAAUAAUCGCUCGCAGUCGCCUAUUACUUUUAAGCCCCAUUCAAUCCUUUGCGUCCAACUUCCCACCAUUCGAUCCGAUCACCAAGAAUCAAUUGGUGCCUUAUACCACCAUGUCUAGCUUGUUUAUCAACUCCGAGCCGCCUACUGCGGUCGAGCGCUACGUCCGGGACACCAUGGACUCGUUCAAAGGGUUCUUCGCUCACCUUUUCUAUGGAACUUUUCUGGAAUAUUGGCUCCUUGACCCCAAUGGUCAGGCUUAUACCCUCUUCUUGUCGAUGAUGCUCGGCGUUUCGAUGUGGCUCCUCAUCCUGAACCAGAACCCAAAGUCUGUCGUAUCUUCAAAGCCCAAGCAGAACUGGCGAGAGAGCGAGGCGACGGAUACAAUGGAUAUCGAUGGCGAGGAAUAUCAUGGCAACGAACGUCAACCAUCGACUCCGGGUCCCUCAUAUUUUCCCCGCGAGGAGACACCUAUCAUGCGCAAGCUAGCACCUCCCGGACACCGUCCUGUCAAUGCACACAUUGAAGGCUCGCCUUUUCGAGUAAAGCAGCCUCUUGGACCCCGUCCUGCUCAUUUUUCAUCACCCGUUCAUCAAUCUCCCUUUACGGUCAGCUCAAGACUCUCCAAGGCAUUCUCAACUAGACUCUUGCAGCGCGGAAACAUGUCAGAUCUCGACACAGACGCUCCGAUAUCUUUCAAAUCUCCUCAAGAAGCUAUCACGUUGAACGAAGAUGGAACAUCCAGUGAGGCGAACACGCAGAGCCCUGUUGUCGCAAUCUGGUCGAAUGAGGGCGGCCGGCGUUAUGAUCGAGCGACCUUGAGGCGCGAGCUGGCUACCAAAUAUCUUUCCUAAGGUUGUCGCGUUCUGUGAUUCACCCUACGUGCAUGAUCGCAGCUAGUCAGAUGAUAAGUUGGUUUCUGCGCUCCGAAGUUCGGGAAGGUGGCACGC